AUGAAAAUAGAUAGCUUGUGCAAAGUACAGUGUCAGAGUUCAGACACAGCAACAGUACAAUAGUGAGACAAGCAUAUGAAUCUUAAAGUCCCCUUAAUAAUGGGGAGGGUCUUUGGGACCCUACACCCCAUAAUCCCUGGGCUGUUGGUGUACACACUCGGAGCCAUCUGCCUAUAGAACUCCAUAAGAGAUAACACACUGUACACCCACACACACUCUCCACAUUGUUGGCACCGGAAGAUCGUUUGCAUGACCGCAAGCAAUAAAAUCCCCAGUCAAAUGCAGGAGGUGCCUAGACAACCCUAUCUAUAUUGACUAUUUUCAGAGAGGAGCAAAGCAGCACACAGAUGAUCUCUCCAGUUAAAAGCAUAUAGUUUGACCCAUGGCAAACUUCACUACUACGGAAGAUGAGUGCUGCGCCUUUGAGUCUCCCAUCCUGGACCAUGUCCUGCCUCCCAUCCUGGUGCUGGAGUUCAUGUUUGGGCUGAUGGGGAAUGUUGUGGCUCUGUGGAUGUUUAUUUUCCACAUGGACACCUGGAAGCCCAACUCUGUCUACCUCACACACCUGGCCGUUGCCGACUCCAUCGUCCUGUUCUGUCUUCCAUUCAGAGCCGACUACUACCGACGCGGCAAGCACUGGAUCCAUGGUGAUGUCAUGUGCCGGAUUAUGCUGUUCAUGUUGUCGGCCAACCGCAGCGCUGGCAUCUUCUUCCUCACUGCAGUGGCUGUCGACCGUUACCUCAAGAUCGUUCACCCCAGGAACAAGAUCAACCGGAUGGGCCUGAACUGUGCUCUGUGGGUGUCUCUGGGCCUGUGGGGGCUGAUCAUCGCUGCAACCGGGUACCUGCUGGCCAACGAACACUUCUUCUACCACAACAACCAGACACAGUGCGAGAGCUUCAACAUCUGCAUGGACUUCAGCCCGCUGUCUACGUGGCACAACACCUUAUACGUGACCCAGUUCUUCUUGCCCACCGCCAUUGUCACCUUCUGCACCUUCUGCAUCACCUGGCAGCUGAAGAACAAGACGAUUGACACGGGGGGGAAGAUCAAGCGGGCGGUGCAGUUUGUCAUGGCCGUGGCACUCAUCUUCAUCAUUUGCUUCUUCCCCAGCACAGUGUCUCGGAUUGCUGUGUGGAUCCUCAAGGCCUGGUACAACGAGUGCCAGUAUUUCAAAGAGGCCAGUUUGGCGUUCUACACCUCUGUGUGUUUCACCUACUUCAACAGCGUGCUGAACCCCAUCGUGUACUACUUCUCCAGCUCUGCCUUCAGUGGGACCUUCCAGAAGCUGUUCAACAGACUGCUGGGGAGGAAAGAGGAGGUACAGCCAGCCCCGACUGGGACCGAGACCAGCAGUGCAAAUACAGUGUCAGGGAGGAGUAGUAACUUCCAAUCAAUGGUCCAGGGUGAGGGCCUGUACUCGCAAAGUGUCUCAGACUUAUUCAUUGUGAUCUAAAAUACAAAACUGAUCCUAGAUCAGCACUCCUAGGCCUACUCUGAGAAGCUUUUAUGAAAAGGUACCCAGGAGAACAAAAUAUCUGACUUUGUGUGAUUUUUCUUCUUCUACUCUAGUGGAAUAUGGUGUGUUCUAAAGAAUAUUAACCAGAUGUGAAGGAAGCCAAGGAGGGUGGAGA